UAAUUUAGUGCCAUAGUGGUCAGUACCUUGGGCUUCUUGGGACUAACUUCAGUUUUUAAAUUCAUUUUGUUCCUUAUGAUAGUCCAUAAUAGGCAAGACCAGUUUUUAGCUGCAUAUUGUAUUUGGUUGGGCUUGUUUACAUGAAGCAUGGGGAAUUCUAUUAAGUUAACCAUGAAAGACUUGACAAGAAUUAUGUAUUUGAUCACAUUAUAAUUAUAAAUGUUUAUCUUAUUGGGGAAAUGUGUCUGAAAAGCUUUUAAAAUUUGCUACAAACAAUAUUUUCAUUUUAUGCUAACUUGGGUUGCGACAAGCCUGUGGUAAUAGAUUUUUAUACAUUUCAUGUUUUUAAGAUGUUUUAAUGGCGUGGUAUUUUAAGGCACUCAACAGUCCGAAGCAGGCAUUAUAUUUGCAUAAUUGUAUAUUUAUUUUUACAUCCAGAAACCUAAGUGAGUAAAGUAUUUAUUAGUUUCAUGUACUUUAUUUAGACUUUAGAGCUAAGAAUUCGGAUCUGGCUUAAAUGGUAGUAGGUGCCGAGUAAUGUAACAGCACUGAUGGAAGAUCCUAAUUCUUAGCGUUAAGGAUUAAGGUGAAGUAAGUGAGGCACUUGACUAGGGUCUAAAAUGUAAGAGAGUGCCAAAAAACUCAAUAAUCAUGAUAAAUAGUAUUUUAAUGCAACAUCUGGAAAAAAAUAAAAAUAAUGCAAGAAAAUCCACGAUGAACAAAACAUCACAAUUUUAUAAAAAGAUGAGAUCUGACCCUGCAUCUGCCCCUGACUCACCUUGUGCCGGGUUUUGGCCUUGACUGGGUUUACCAUGUUCUUGGCUGCGGCAUUCCUUAUCCAAGGAAUCAACAUUUCCUUAUCUAACAUUAGUGCCAUUAAUCUUUGAUUUCCUGGUUGAGCUAUUAGGAUAUUCAAAUCAGCUAAAAAUACAUGGGGAAGCCCAUUGAAAAUACAAAUUACAUAUUUAUUUACAAAUUUAGGGAAAUCGCCAACUUUAAGUCACUACUAUUAUCAGCCGAGGCCUAGAGAGACCGGUUGGUGCCAUGUGGAAGACGAUUGUUUUGGUGGUCGUGUUCACGUUCAGCCCUGGUGGCGGGAUCUUUCACUCCUUAUACAAAAAUGUUCGGGUUUCCGUACCACAUAAGGGAAAUGUAGGAGAGCCAUUAUUUCUUACUCCCUAUAUUGAAGCUGGCAAACUUGAAGAAGCAAAAAAACAGAGUUUGGUUCCUCCUUUCCCUGGAUCGAAUGUGAAGAGUUACGCUGGCUACAUCACUGUGAAUAAGACCUACAACAGCAACAUUUUCUUCUGGUUCUUUCCAGCUCAGGUACAGCCCAUGGCUGCUCCAGUAGUUCUCUGGCUGCAGGGCGGGCCAGGAGGUUCAUCCAUGUUUGGACUUUUUGUGGAGCACGGACCUUAUAUUGUCACAAGUAACAUGACUGUGCGUCCCAGAGAGUUUUCUUGGAUCACCACAUUUUCCAUGCUUUACAUUGAUAAUCCAGUGGGCACAGGGUUCAGUUUUACUGACGACCCCCAGGGAUACGCAGUCAAUGAGGAUGAUGUGGCACGGAAUUUAUACAGUGCACUAACUCACUUUUUCCUGUUGUUCCCUGAAUAUAAAAACAAUGACUUUUAUGCCACGGGGGAGUCUUACGCAGGGAAGUACGUGCCAGCCCUCGCACACUAUAUCCAUACAUUGAACCCCGUGAUGACAACGAAAAUCAACCUGAAAGGAGUUGCUAUUGGGGAUGCGUAUUCUGAUCCCGAAUCAAUCAUAGGGGGCUAUGCAACAUUCCUGUACCAAAUUGGCUUAUUGGAUGAGAAGCAGAGAAAGUACUUCCAGAAGCAGUGUGAUGACUGCGUGAAAUACAUCAGGGAGGAGAGGUGGUUUCAAGCCUUUGAAGUACUAGAUAAACUACUAGAUGGUGACUUAACAAACAGCCCUUCUUACUUCCAGAAUGUCACAGGAUGUCCUAGUUACUAUAACCUGUUACAGUGCAAGGAACCCGAGGACCAAAAUUACUAUGGGAAAUUUUUGUCCCUCCCACAAGUGAGACAAGCCAUCCACGUGGGAAACCGGACUUUUAGUGAUGGAUCCCAAGUUGAAAAGUACAUGCGAGAAGAUACAGUAAAGUCCGUUAAGCUAUGGUUAGCUGAAAUCAUGGAUAAUUAUAAGGUACUGAUCUACAAUGGCCAACUGGACAUCAUUGUGGCAGCCUCCCUGACAGAGCGCUCUCUGAUGGCCAUGAAGUGGAAAGGAUCCCAGAAAUACAAGCAGGCGGAAAGAAAAGUCUGGAAGAUCUUUAAAUCCGAUAACGAAGUGGCCGGUUAUGUGCGGCAAGUGGAUGACUUCUGUCAGGUAAUUGUUCGAGGUGGAGGGCACAUUUUACCCUACGACCAGCCGCUGAGAUCUUUUGACAUGAUCAAUCGAUUUGUUUUCGAGAGAGGAUGGAAUCCUUAUUGAUGGAUAAGCUGCUGUCCUAAAAAAAAAAAAAAAAAAAAAAGGUCAGGGGACUUAAUCUUGGAGAAGAAAACUUCCAAACCUGAAAAUGUCGUAUAAAUAAGAAAAGUACCUUUUUAUAGCUUUUUAUAGCCUUAAAAUGUUUCUCAUCAAUAAAAAUUAUCCUUGAAACAA